AAUACACUGUUUACAUCAGUGCGAUCACAUGACCUUAACACUGCCCUGCUGAUCAGAGCUCUCGCUUUACAUCCCGCCUACAGGUAGGCAAUCGGUUAGCUCGGAUUUGUGAAUUUCUGCUUUGAUUGGCAGUCCGACAAUACUGCCUUGCUACAAUUUAUUUUUCUACAGUUACAGCUGCCGCCCGGCACCUGCUUUUCGCUAUUAACAGAAAAAAAAUGCUGUACAUAUAAUGUGAUUGCUCCCGCGGCGCCGCGGACCACAGUUUAGGAACCCCUGGACUACAAACAGUAAACAAGAUAGCACAUGAUUUCCCAGAAGAACCUCUCUCGCGCGUACAGCGCCCUCUGCUGCAUUUAGCGUUUAACACCAAAAAGCUUUAGUGUAAGGCAGACUCGCCUCUUCUGUAGCGCUCCGUACUAAAAUUAACAGCUUAUUUUCUAUUUUCUUUCACCAAUACAAAACUACGACUGCUAAUUAAUAAUUAAAAAUGCAACGUAAUCGCUUAUAUAGCAAUGGGAGUCAAGCCAAAUAUAAUCUAUAAACGUCACUUCCGUAGAUAAAACGAAACUUAUAUUUUUAUAGACUACUUCUUUAUAACAACCGUAUAGGCGGUGGCUGAAAACCAAAAAAUAAACUGUGGUUAUUCUUUGUUUUGACCUGAAUUGCAAGAUGUACCUAACCACUAUUUUGGCAGUGUUGGUCUACGUUCUGUUAGAUAUAGGUUCUGCUCAGCUGAAUUUAAUUACAGCUAAUCAAACUUCUCACCAGUGUAAGGUAUUACUGAAUUGUAAGGUCACAAAUCUGAUCAGAAACGAUUCCAGGCUGAUGAUUCUUCAGUGGAAGUUUAAUGGAGAGAGGAUCUACUAUUUUGAUGCUGAAACAACAGUAAAGGAUACCAAUGUAGUAAAAGAUAUAUCAGAAUUAGGACGUGGAGAUGCUUCUCUGUGGAUAGAAAAACCUCGCAGUGGAACAUACACGUGUUUAGUAACUGAGUUAAAUACAUCGGGGCAGUCAAAGUUUUAUCUGGAAGCGAAGUUGUUAUUAUUUCCUACAGCAGCAUUUGCAGCCUACUGCAUAUUGUAUUCUGGGAUUCUGCUUUGUGUCAUUAUUCAGAUGGCCAUUUCAUGUAUACGUAAACAUCAGAACUAUGUUAUUGGUAUUUGUCUUGUGCUCGCUGGAGUAGUUCUGAUAAUCUUAGGCUUAUGUCUUCUUUUUUAUGGGGUGUCUGUGAACAUGACCAUCAAAAGUAACACUGGAUUUGGAAUACAUGUUUUUACUCUUUUGAUUGUAAUAAUAAUUCAGUUUUUUUUCUUAAGAGUGAUUGCAAAGUCUUUUAAACCUAGAGUCACAGUAGUCUGUGCUGCGUUCAAAAUUGUUGGCUUUAUUAUCGCAGUUGUUGGAUUCUUUAUUUCAGUUGCCACCAAAGACUGCACGACACAAAACAACUCCUAUGAUUCUGUCAUUGGUGGGUUGGUUAUCUUUCUAAUUGGAGUAAUUGGUGACAUGGUUUUAUGGAUUAAGGGUCAAGAGACGUCUAUUGACAUCAAUAAAGACAGAUCAAAAGAGGGAGAACAACUUAAUGAUGUUAAGGUGAAUGGUCACGGCACAGAAGAGAAUUAAGACUUGUCAUUCCUCGUCCACACUGAAUUCAAGAUCCUGUUUCAUAAGACAUAAAAAACUAUAGUUGAAAUAGGGAACAAAAUCUGGAGACAACUUUUAACAUUAUAUUUUUAUUUUAUUUUUGUUUGUAAAUGUGGUAGACAUAUAGAAAAAGCUAACUGGUGGCAGAUAGUGAAAUGGUGAAGUCACUUGGGAUCAGUUGACUAUUUGUGUGAAUGUUUCAGGCUUCCUGUCGGUUCCCUAACAGCCGUUUUAUGCAAAUUCAUAUCACCAUUUUGCUAUCUGCUGACAGUUUGUUAAAUGCCUUCUCAGUUAUUUAGGUGACUGGUUAUAUAUAUAUAUAUAUAUAACCAGUCACUUAAAUAUAUAUAUGUUUAUGUAUAUACUGUUUUUAAACAUGAUAGGAACCCAUUUUAACCAUACUGUUAAAAUGAUUGAUUCCUUUUUAAUUUCUUAGUGUCAAGCACCAAAUUCUUCUUCUUUUUUUAUUUGGUUUAAAACCAUUUUGUUACCAAAAAAGCUGUUCUUUGAAAGUGUUUUGAAAGAGAAAAUGUUUAGCUGUGUUUUUCAACCUGUCUGGCUUUAAUCACAUAAAAGGCUAUAUUUUAAAGCAUUGUUACCCUAAUAACUAUAAUCAUUAUUGCUAUGUGCUUUAAAAAGGCUUUGGCAUAUGUUGUGGUGGUGCUUUGUGAGAAAAAAAAUUCUCUGAUAAAACAGAAUGCAUAUUAUGUUCAUAUAUCUUAAACUGCUUUUGUGGAACUUAAAACAAAAUGAACUGCUUUCUGUAUAGAGAAAUACUAAAGUAAACUUUGUAAAUUCAGUGUCUUAUAGUAAAAGGAAUGGCAAUAAUAUAGUUUAUAUAUAUAUAUAUAUAUAUAUAUAUAUAUAUAUAUAUAUAUAUAUAUAUAUAUAUAUAUAUAUAUGUGUGUGCACGUGUAAAUAGUGUCAUGUGUUGUUGUGUAAUUAAAGUUUAAAUAUUUGAACACUGUAAAUUAUGGUUAAUGCCAUUCCUACCAAACAUGUGUGGAAUGUGGCUUGGUCUUGAUUGAAUAAUUGGUCAUCAAUCAAGCCCCAGCCACAUGGAAUAUAAAGAGAUCCUUUGUUUGGGAGUUAGUUUAGGGAACAGGCUGAGAGCAGUAGGUUGUGCUUACAGAUGAGGCACCGAGAUGGCACAGUUUGGGUCCGGUCUUGAUUUGUGUUUGUUUAAAUCUUUUGUUUGUUUUUGUUUCUGUUUUGCUAAUAAAAGUGCACAUGUUUUAUAUA